AUGAUAUGUACUGGCGGAAACAGUAUUACUUCUGGAGCUUUUAUAUCUCUAUCUGGAACAAAUCCGUCUUUUUAUACUCAAUACAAUUACAGCUAUGUAGCAUUGACUACAUCACCAAUUCUUAUGUUUGCAUUCGAAACCGAUUUGAAUAGUAACUAUUUUUUAGACAGUGUAUCUGUCACCAAGGCUACUGUGCCAUCUAUUCAGUUACUUCAAAAUUCCGGUUUUGAAAAUUCAACCACACAGUUGAAUGGGUGGGUAUUAUCGUGUAAUGCAACAUGUAGUGCAGGUGCUGGUGGGCAAGCAACUUAUGGCACUAACUGCUAUUUAUCAACUGGUAACUGCUUUUUGGCCGAUUGUCCUGAUACCUCUGGUACUGGUGCGGUUGUUUUUCUAGGCCAAGCCUUUUCGACCACCAUUGGUAUUACUUACACAAUAUCUUUUCGACUAAAAAUGGCUUAUGGAGGAAGUGGCAGUAGUAAUACUAGAUUUACUGCAUCUAUCCGAUAA